CCCACCGACCGCAGUGUGCGCGCUAAGGAGCUCAGACACAGGCACGGUGUGUGUUAACAAGAGAAAACAGAAGGAAUUUUGUCUUAUAUCGGAUAUUUCGGAAUUGGACACUAAAGGAGUAUAGAAGAUGAAGUCUCCAAAGAUAAAGUCACAGAGCAAAGCAUUCCUUGAGGAUGAUGACGAUCUUAACGCCGUAUUGUGUGAAUUCGACGCUGUCAUUGAGGAUUUCACGUCUCCCGUGGAAAAGAGACACUUCAGAUAUGAGGAACACUUGAAAACCAUGAAGAGACGGAGCAGCGCGAGCGUCAGCGACAGCGGCAUCAGCGACUCUGAGAGUGCAGAGUCCUUGAACAGAAACAGUUUCAGCUUCAGUGAUGAGAAGCUCAACUCUCCCAGCGUCUUCUCCCCCUCAUCAAAUAGCCCCUUGAUCACAUCUCCUAAACCUAAACUUGGAGACACUAAAGAGUUAGAGGACUUCAUCGCUGACCUUGACAGAACAUUAGCGAGCAUGUGAGUAAGAGACGGGAUGACUGGAGCCCAACACAUUGUAGCUCCGCCGGGGGACGACAGCCAGACCGCACCUGACAAACCUGAACUACUGUGAAGACGGAGGAGACAUGGUCCUGGUUUCACAUGCUGAAGUUCACGAAGACUUUUUGUAUUCUUAGGCCCAUACAAACAAACCCAAACAAAUGCAUAAGAAAUACACAUUUGACAGUAAUGGCUGUGCUCUCUGAAAAACUUGAGCUGUAAGAUUAUUUAAAUAGCUUUUUAUAGAAAUAUAUUUGUAAUUUUAUAGAGUUGGUUAUUGUAAAUUUAUCUGUAAUACUAUUUUGUGAAUUUAUAUUUUUGUAUUUCAUGUAAAUAUUGUUUCAGACUCGCCUUGCUAUAUGAAGCCUUUCCUGUUUCACAUGAGGAUAAACUCCAUUCUUAAUUCAUUAGAAAAACUGGAAAAGCAAUAUAACACGUAUUUAAUGCAACUAAUGUCUUCAAGAGAUUAAAGUUGACAGAUUUUAA